AUGUGUUACACUUUCACAUAUAAGCGCGAUGGAACCGAUCACCGUUUAUACCAGUGCCAACAGUGCAAGAAGUACGGCAAGUGGACUGGAAUCAAAGUUUCAAACGGGGAAUUCCUGACGGAUCCGUGUAGUUUACAACAUCACAGUUCUUGCGUUCCUGUACGAACGGCGAGGAUUCUUGUUGAAAGGACGGUCUACGAAUUCAAUCGCGAGGUAAAAACGGACACGACUUAUGCCGGCAAAAAGCCGAAACCUGUAUGGUUGGAACAAAUGAAAGUUGUGAAAGAAAAAGCCGAACGAGAACCAUCUUUACGCGAUGAGAUGCUUGCUCAGCAUUAUAAAAGCGGGAUCAUAUCUAGGAGGGACGCGAUCAAAAGGGCACUUUCCACACAUGAGGAUCAAAGCGCAUCUAUGCUGGAGAUACCACCUCAUCUAAGGCUCCUACCCGACGGCACUUCUUUUGUUCAUCAUAUGGAAGCAUCACUACACGUAUACUACAGCAGCACGACGCUGCAGAAAGCUGCACGAAAUGGUUUGCAUGCACUUGUAGCUGACGGGGUGCACUCCUACCAACCCCGUCAGCUAAAACGUGCUGGUCAAUUAUAUACGAUUCAUGGGGUCUGCAAUAAUGGAAUUGAAGUUCCACUCGUCUACGCCGUAACAGCGAGGAAAACUGAAGAGGUCUAUGAAACAAUAUUUGGAUAUCUUUAUGCCGAGUUCGAAGCCUCAGUCAUGCCCACGUCACUCAGAAUCGUUCUCGAUUUUGAAAGGGCAGCAAUUUCGGCGGCUGGCAGG